GGCGGCGGCGGCAGCGGCGGCUGCAGGGGAGGAGGAGCCGCGGGCACCGCGGAGCGCCCGGAACCCGGCGCCGAGACUGAGGCGCAGUCAAGGAGGUUGGAGAGAAAUCUUUCACUGAGUGAAUGAAUACUCUCACAAAAUCACCCAAAUGUUCCUUUGCCUGAGGACAGGAUUUCAUCUUUGAAACAAGAAGUUUCUCCGGAAGGAAUGCCUGUGUUCCAAGGUCAUGACACUGUGACGAAGGGUUUGGAGAAAUGGAUGGCCUCUUAGAGAUACAUCCGAGCUGUGGUUCAUGAUUCAGAUAGACUUGGCCUAGAGACUCUCUUCUACCUUUCACAUUCUGGAAAUCUAUGAAAGCUUGGUGAGUCCUAUCACCAUGUUCUGGAAGUUUGAUUUGAACACAACAUCCCAUGUUGAUAAACUGCUGGACAAGGAGGAUGUAACUCUGCAUGAGUUGAUGGAUGAAGAUGACAUCCUACAGGAAUGUAAAGCACAGAACCGCAAGCUUCUGGACUUCCUCUGCCAACAGGAGUGUAUGGAGGAGCUGGUGAGCCUCAUCACUCAUGACCCACCCCUGGACAUGGAAGAGAAGGUCCGCUUCAAAUAUCCCAACACAGCCUGUGAACUCCUGACCUCUGAUGUGCCACAGAUCAAUGAUAAGCUGGGAGGAGAUGAAACUUUACUGAACAUCCUUUAUGAUUUUUUGGACCAUGAGCCACCUCUCAACCCUCUACUGGCCAGCUUUUUCAGCAAGACCAUUGGCAAUCUUAUUGCAAGGAAAACCGAACAGGUGAUCACAUUUCUGAAAAAGAAAGACCAGUUUAUUAGUCUGGUACUCAAGCACAUUGACACCUCUGCCAUGAUGGACCUGCUACUUCGCUUGAUAAGCUGUGUGGAACCUACAACUCUUCGGCAGGAAGUCUUGAAUUGGCUGAAUGAAGAGAACAUCAUUGAGAGGCUGGUGGAGCUGAUUCACUCAAACCAGGAUGAAGAUAGACAAUCAAAUGCUUCUCAGACCCUCUGUGAUAUCAUUCGACUCAGCAGAGACCAGAGCAAUCAGAUGCAAGAGCUUUCUGAGCCUGACCCCCUCCUCGCAGCCCUGGAGUCACAGGGAUGUGUGGAACAGCUUCUAAAGAACAUGUUUGAUGGAGACUUGACUGAAAACUGUUUAGUCAAUGGCACUCAAAUUUUACUGACAUUGUUGGAAACAAGAAGAUCUGGGGUGGAGGGCCUGAUGGACUCAUUCUCUCAGGGACUUGAAAGGUCUUACACUGUUAAUAGCAGCAUAUUGCAUGGCAUUGAACCAUGGCUGAAAGACUUUCAUCAGCUUCUUCUCAACCCUCCAAAGAAAAUGUCCAUUCUGACCACCAUCGGUGUCCUAGAGGAGCCCCUGGGAAACGCUCGACUUCACGCGGCGCGGCUGAUUGCUGCCUUGCUGCACACCAACACACCCAGUAUUAACCGCGAGUUGUGUCGGCUCAACACCAUGAACCUGCUUCUUGACUUGUUUUUUAAGUUUACCUGGAAUAACUUCCUGCACUUCCAAGUGGAGCUGUGCAUAGCAGCCAUUCUGUCUCACUCUGGCCGGGAAGGAGGAUCUUCAACCAGCGACUCUGAUUGCCGAGAGGACAUAAACAGUGGCAAUGAAAACUUGGAAAAAAACGAGUCUUCAGAAAUCAUCUGUGAAAACGUGAUGGUGACCCACCUGUUCCAGAAGUGCCACUUGGUGCAGAGGAUCUUGGAUGCCUGGGAAGCCAACGACAGAAUCCAGGCCGAAGGCGGGAUGAGGAGGGGAAACAUGGGCCACCUCACCCGAAUAGCCAACGCUGUUGUCCAGAACAUGGAGAAGGGCCCCAUUCGGUCUCAGAUCUGCUCAUUCAUCAAAGAGCUUCCCGAGGAUUGCCGAGGGCGGUGGGAGAGCUUUGUGGAGGAGACGCUGCCGGAGACCAACCGGAAAAACACCGUCGACCUGGUGAGCACUCACCAUCUUCACUCUUCCAGCGAGGAUGAGGACAUGGAAAGCGCUUUUCCAAACGAGCUGUCCCUGCAGCAGGCCUUCUCUGAGUACCAGAUCCAGCAGAUGACGGCUAACUUCGUGGAUCAGUUCGGCUUCAAUGAUGAAGAAUUUGCAGACCAGGAUGAUAAUAUCAACGCCCCUUUUGACAGGAUUGCUGAGAUCAACUUCACCAUUGACGCCGACGAUGACAGUCCCAAUGCAUCUCUGUUUGAAGCGUGCUGCAAUGACCGGAUCCAGCCCUUCGAUGACAACGAGGAUGAAGAAGACAUCUGGGAGGACAAGGAAAUCAACUAUGCAACUCAAGCAAAAUCCAGAACCAGGUUUGGUGCUUCACAUACCUCAGAGUAUUCCAGGAAAAGCAAUCUGGAGAACGGGGAUCAGGAGGGCAGCGAGGACUCGGAGGAGGAGGAGGGGGCCGGGGAGGCCCGGCACGGGGCCGGCAUUCCUCUUUCGGGGAGCAGCAGCACCACCAACCUCACCCUGAAGGCUGAAGACCUGGCCGCCUCCGAAGGCUCUGGAUGGACAGCUGUAUUUGAUGAGCCAGUAAAUUCAAAGCCCCCUCCCUCAGGUGUGGCCAUGGACAUCGGUUCCCGUGUGUGGGAUGCAGCCGCUCCGGACACCGCCACUUCAGAGGAAAAAGGCUGGGCGAAGUUCACAGACUUCCAGUCUUUCUGCUGCUCGGAAUCGGGUCCUCGAUGCAGUUCUCCCGUGGACACAGGAAGUAGCACUUCGGAGGGAAAGCCCAAGCCCAGCCAGGACAAGAGCUUCGGCCCGGCUGCUCCUUGCGUCUGGAAUGUGUGUGUGGCAAGGAAGGCCCCCCUGGUGGCCUCCGACAGCAGCUCCUCGGGGGGCUCGGACAGUGAGGAGGAAGACGAGGAGGAGGAGGAGAAGAAAGCGGGUAUCAUCAUUGAAACUGUGGGCCCUGGGUCUGGGCAGGAAGGCCUCAAGCUGACAAUGGACACCAAGAAGGAGAAGGCCGUCUCGAGCAGCGACGCGGAGCCUCUGCUGAUCCACAAGCUGCCGACGGCAGAGAAGGGGGCGCCCAGUGCCUCGCAGCCCACCCCGGAGCCCCGGAGCCCCACCGCCCUCAGUUCGGCCACAGCAGCCUCCGCGAGCUUGCCCGUGGUGGCCACCUCGGUCGUCCUCACGGCCACCGUCUCCGCGGUAGCGACGAUGGCCGCCGCGGCUGCCGGGGAAACGAUGACGAAAGACAGGAAAGAGGAGGCGCCCCCUUCUCCGGAAGCCACGUUAAAUGGCCCUGCUUGAUGCUGCUGCCUCCCUCAGGCCACGUCUCCCUGAGGCCGGGCUGCUUCCACUUAGGCAAGAAAACUACCUGGUGAUGCAAAUGGUCUGGUUUUUUAUUUUAAUUUUAUUUUUUAAUAAAUGCUGCAUUGGUAAA